AUGACUUUGGACUCAGCUUAUUAGAGAGCCUGUUGAGUUAUUACUGAGAUCUAAUGACUUCUGAGGACACUGCGAGAACACUGCUGCUGUGUGAGAAAAACACUGUGCAGCAGCUGAUGGUGCUUUGUGGGUGAGGUGUGGCGAGUCUGGCAGACUGUGAAAUUCCUACUUUGACAUCAGUCCUGUCUUCUAACUUAGUUAAAGACUUCCCUCUACAAACACAACAAUGUCUGUUUGGGAUGACUUGGACCUGCUCUUAGACUCCCCCUCCUCAUUGACUGUGACAUCCAAUACGAGGGGAACUGUAAAGGACAAAGCAAACUUUAAAGUGGAAGAAGAUGUGGCUGCACUAAGGAAAGCCAUAGAAGGCCUUGGUACAACGGAGAAAACACUGAUAGAUGUCUUGACCCAAAGAAGUAAUGCUCAGCGUCAGCUUAUUGCUACAGCCUAUGAGAAGGCCACAGGAAGGAAAUUAGUAGCUGACCUGGAGGGCGACACCCACGGAGACUUUGAGGACUUGUUGGUAGCCUUGGUGACACCUCCUGCUGUCUACGACUGUCAUGAAGUCAUCAACGCCAUCAAGGGUCCAGGGACCACAGAGAGUACGCUGACAGAAAUCUUUGCCUCGAGAUCCAACAGACAGAUAAAAGCCAUAUCUGAAACAUACCUGGCAGAAACGGGGAGGUCGAUGAUUCAUGAUCUGCAGUCUGACGUAUCUGGAGAUUAUGGCAAAGCGCUGCUCAUCUUGGCUGAGGGGAAGAGAGAUGAGAGCACCAAUGUGGAUUCUGCCAAAGCUAAAGCAGAUGCUAAGGCGCUCUAUGAAGCAGGGGAGAAGAAGUGGGGUACUGAUGAAGACAAGUUUAUCGACAUCCUGUGCCACAGGAGUAUUCCCCAGCUUCGACAGACUCUGGUAGAAUACAAGAACAUUAGCAAGAAGACUCUGCAGGAGAGCAUUGAGAGUGAGAUGUCUGGAAACCUGGAGAAGCUACUGGUGGCUGUUGUUAAAUGUGUGAAGAGUGUUCCGGCAUACCUCGCUGAGAGGCUUUUCAAGAGCAUGAAGGGUGCAGGGACCACAGAGUCUGUCCUGACCAGGAUACUUGUCAGCCGCUCAGAGAUCGAUUUGUUGGACAUCAAAGCUGAGUACAAGAAGCUGUUUGGAUAUUCCCUCUACUCCCAGUUAGAGUCUGAAGUUUCAGGCAGUUAUGGCGACGCCCUCAAAUCUCUCUGUGGCCAAGAUGACUAACUCCUCCUAACUCCAGUGAUGAAAAACAUAUGGUGUGAAGUGCAGCUUUAUCCUGUAGUAGAUGAGAGGAGCAGCAUCUAAUGACAACGGUGACCAGUCCAUGACCUUUUUAUUAGAUUCAUACUGAUACAUUCUCCUGAACCUAGCCCUGACGAUGACUGGAACUAACCAUCUAGAAGUGCUUUUUAAAUGUGGAAUUCCAGUAAUGUGCAACCAGACUUUGAUGUUUUAACCACAGCAUCAUGCAUGCUGGGUGAAGAAGCUGAUAUUCAUGGAUACGAAGAUGCUGUUGAAUGUAUUUCAUGUGACUGCUAUAACUGCAGAUUUCUUACUAAAUAUUUUAUCUUCUGGUAUAUUGUAACACAAACAACUUAAAAGUUGGAAACAUACAAACAGCCAGUGUCAUAACCUUCAUGUUUAACAAAAUAAAAAUACUAUAUUCUCCUA